AUGUCGAGAUCCACGCCGACUUAUCCGAAGGGACGAGAAGCGAAGAGAGAGUGGAAGGAGAGGAGGAGAGAGACAUGGAGGAGAGAGAUAAAGGGGAGGCGAAGGAGAGAGAGGAAGAGGGAGGAGAGAUCGCGGAGAGCUCGUUGCGUGGAUGUGUCGACGAAGACAGCAGCAGCAGCAGCAGCAAGGACCCCGACAGCACCAACGACGACAGCGGAGGCAACAGCACCCUGGGAACGUCUUACGACUUCAACAUUUCCGAGGUCUUCCAGUGCAAUAAUUUCGGGAUAGUCGACUGCUUAACGUCCGUGAUUAAGGAGCCAGACACGGACGACAGCGAGAGUUGCAGCAGCGACUACGGCUCGGGCCUGGGCACGUCCCCGCCGGCCAAGUUCUCCGACACGGAUUCCGCCAUCGAGACCCUGGCCGUGUCCUCCGACCUGCCUCUGAAGGGCUUCCCGACGCCCCGCCCCUCGGCCCUCGCCCGGAGGAAGAAGCCGGACAUGGGGUCGAUCCGCUGGCGGAGUUGCGCCGAGCUCACGCAGAAGUACCGUCCGUCGCCGGCGUCGUCGGUGCUGAAGCGCCAGUGGUCGGACCGGUCCCUCCAGGCGCGCCUCCAGGAGCAGGCGCUGAGGGGCAUGUCCGUCGAGGUCUACGACGGCGACGUGGGCGUGUCGGUGCUCACCCUCUCGAGGAACUCGUCGUCGGCGCUGAGGAGGGGCCAGAGGAACGCGAAGGCGGGGCCCGAGGGGGACGUCGCGGCGGAGGUCGAGGCCAAGCUCCUGCGCGACGAGUCGGGGGAGAGCCAGGACCUCCACGACUCCCUGGCCGUCGAGGCCUCGGGCUCGGACUUCGAGGUGGACGGCGAGGAGGAGGACGAGGCGAUGGAGACGGACGAGUGCGCGCCGGUGACCUCGACGGGGCCUCCGCCGGGGCCGCGCACGGCGUCGAGGAGGACCAGGACCAGCAGCAGGCAGCGCAAGUCCACGGGGCCGCGAGCGAAGAUGUCAUCGAAGGGCAAGGAGCAGGAGGGCAGCGUCUCCAGCACCACGGGCAGGGGAAGCGCGAGCCCGGCGUGCGCGAAGAGGCCUCUCAAAGACGACGUGAUGCUGGCCAUUAAGAUAGGACACAUGAAGGACAAGGAGAUGGACCACGUCUUAGGCAUCCAAGAAGACGACGGCAGUGGCCCAGGUCUGAGUGAGGAGGAGCUCGAACUCUCCACCUCACGUGAGUUAGCGGGUUACUGAGCUCGUUUAGCCGUCGACGUCGCUUAUGUGUGUUUUGAUUUGCUAAUUGGCAAC